AUUAUGAACAUGAACAGAAAAAAGGUAUUGUUUUGAAAAUUGAAAUAAAAACAUCACUGUGCAUGACUUUAAAGCUGCACGCCUCCAGAUGAGCCAAAAUAUUUCAAGAAAAUCAAUAUUGAGAAAAAUGUAUGAAAAUUUUAAGAAAAGUAAAAACAUUCAAGAUCCAAAUUAUAUUUUACAUGUUAUGUGUGGUUUAAGACUGACUUUGCAGUAUUUUAUUACCAUAUUUCUACUGUGUUACAAACGCAAUAAGGGCCGAUUUUGCAAAUAUUUACCACAUUUUGGUAAUUUUCUUGGAUUGUUUAAAGGCCAAUUGCAAUAUAUAAUUACUUUUUUUUAUCACCUCACAAUAUUUUACUUUGAAAUACAUUUCCAAAAUGUUCAUGAAAAGUAACAUGAACCUGGAGGUGUGCUGCUUUAAAAUGACGAGAAAAAAAUGAUUAUGUGCCACUUGGCUACCUGUACGAUGUAUUACAAACAGAAAAAUUAUGUGAAAUAAUUGGAAUAUGUGAAAAAAAUUUAAUUACUGAAAUAAAACGCCUGUUAGUCUGAUGUAAAUGUUUUGAAUAACAAUGACUGGGUAAACUAGGUUUCAACCCAAUCUGUUUACAUUUUACCACAAGGUAGUAUGUGCUCAUUUCUUUACAAAACUAAUUAAAAGCUAAUUUAUGGUAUUUUUGACAUUCCGGUGUCAAAAAGGUAAAUAUCAUAAAAUAUUGAUGACUCAAAUUACAGAAUUAUUUGAAUGAAAAUUUGAAAUGAUAUUUUUUAUUUACUUCAAACUGUCAACCAUAAGGUGAUUUUAAGUCUCAAUUUACAUCUUACCAAUAAUUGACUGAAGUUUCUGUUUACAUUGAACCAAUUAAAGUAUACUUCAAAAUAAGCAUUGUCCUCUUUUUAAGAUUUCUGUCUUCAAACAGAUUUAAUUAUAAUACUAUUUAUAUCACAAAGAUUCCCAGUAUUCAUGGUAUUGUUAUUUAAAAAAAUUAAAAAAUUAAAAAAAAAAGUUAUUUAUUAAAUCACAGAUCACUGUGAUCACUGAAAUAAUAAUGGAUAGAUCACAAUUUGAUAUCACUGCCCUUCAAAUAACAAAGAAUAGUUCCCAAUUUUGAUAUAGUUCCAUUAAACAAAAUGGAAAAAAAACUGUUGCAAUCAUUGUGAUAUUAAAAAAAAAGAAAUAGAAUGAAUGAAUGAAUGAAUGAAUGAAUGAAUGAAUGAAUGAGUGAUAGAACAAAGAAAAAAAGAAAGGAAGAAAAAAAAGAAUAAAGAAAAGAACAAACAAGCAAUCAUAUGAAUGAAUGAUCAUAUGAAUGAAUAAAUAAAUUAAUUAAAUUAAUUAAUUAAUUGAUUAAUUAAUUAAUUAGUUAAUUAAUCAUUCAAUCAAUAAAUCAAUCUAUUCAAUUAAUUAAUUAAUCAAUCAAUCAGUAGAAAGAUAAUAAAUAAAUAAAAACUAUGUUAUGAAGAAAGUAACAGUGGUUUGAAUAUCAAAGAGAAAGAGAUGAAAAAAUGGAGAGUAGUGAUAAAAUAAUUUUUUUUUAAAAAUUAAAGGGAAAAAUAUGUGUUAUCGUGAAUUUUAAAUUGGUUGAUUCUGAUGGAAGGUAAGUUGUAAUGAAAUGAAUUUCCUUUGCUUUGUAAUUGUGAUUUCAAAUUAAUUACUAAUUACACCUCCAAGAGAAUGUAACUGAAAUGGGUUCAAUUUCCAUUUCACCUGAACAGAUCUUAUCCCUAUUAUUUCAUAGAAAUUGAUAAUAAAUCCUCACAUAUCUGCUUAUUAUCCUGCAGUUCUUAAUUAUUAUGUCAUCAAUGUUUUCAAUUAAAUUUUGUUUGAAAUUUGAAAUUUUAAGCCUGCUUCCAAAGCCCAUGGUUUUAAGCCCCUUUUAUUCUCUAAUAAUAAAAGACAUAGCCACCACCAAUGUUGCUACUUUUAAUGGGAAAAUAAAAGUUCAAACAAAAUGUCUCAACAGUUUUUGAUUAAAAGUAAACAUUAUAGUGAACUAUUAUUGUUUGCUUUAUUCUUUGUUUAUAAUUAAACACUGUUUAAAUUCUAAAAAGUCAAUAAAUAAAAUAAAAAGAUUGAAAUUAAACAUUUUAGAAACAUUUGUUUGAGAGACAGAGAGAAAUAAGGCUGGUUUCCUAAUUGGCAUUUAAUAUGACCCAUUUAAUGUAAACAUAAUUCAUAUUAUUGUAUGUUUUGAUCAAACAGUACAUAUUUUUUUUGUAAAUAGAUAUUUCCUAAUUUCCUAAGGUAUAUCGAUAAAGCAAUAAGGCAUUUAAGGUACGAAAACUUGAUAUCAAACUUGAUAUCUCUAAUGUCACUAGUUGUUACUGCUGAAAAGUGUCCGCAAAAGUCAGAUAUUCUUUUGUCCGGAAGAAAUAAUUGGCUAUUUAAGAUGUAUGUAAUAAAUUCAAAAUAGAUGAUAAAGAAGGUUAUUAACAAUGAAAGAAAUUGAUUGAUGGCACAUAAUUGAAUUUCGUUCGUCCCGAAGACAUGUUAUAAAUUUGAACGUAAAGUUUAAUUGUUGAUUAUUGUUAAAAUUUAACAACAGGACUACACAUUGUUAAAAUUUAAGGACAGGACUUCAGCUUUAAUUUAUUUCUUAACCAUUACUGUAAUCAUACAAAUUUCAAGAUUAAAAUAAAGGGACGUGGAAUAACAAAAUAAAUACCAUACCAAAAUUACAGAGAAGACAAUGAUGCAGAAAACUUUGCUUGUAAGUGUUUGGAUAUUUUUGGGUGCCGAUAUUUUGUGUUUUGUGAGCGGCUUUUCAAAUGUUACACACUCUACAACAACGUCGUACUUUGUAACAUUACAAAACUUGUACAAAAGCAACAGCAGUAAUAAUGUAACUCUACAGGACUUUAUCCCAAAGCUUUAUACUGAAAAUGCAAUGCAGGUACAAUUUGACAUAGAAUUGUACGCUUUGAACGACUUUGACGAAGUAUCUGGGUCGUUGGAUAUAAUGCUCGGUUUCAAUAUGUCAUGGUUUGAUGAGAUAGUGUUCUGUAAUGGAUUGACAAUGGAACAAGCGUUUCCAUUGGAUACUGAUAUAGAAAGGCUUAAAGUUCUUCAUGUUCCACAUGGAACAAUCUGGACACCUAAUUUGAUAUUGCUAAACUCGGUCGAGUCAAUGGAGAAUGUCGGAGGCGUAGCAUUUAAGCAACGGUUUAACUUAGAAACAGGAGAGGUGAAAUGGAAUCCAAUUGUUAAAGUUCACAGUGCCUGUUCACCAGAUGUGACAUACUACCCUUUUGACAGACAGAUCUGUCGAUUUACUUUCAGAUCUUUGGGAUAUUCAGGGUACGAGUUGUAUUUUGAUCCAUAUAAAAGUACAUGGGGCAUGAGUUCCUAUGAGGAGAAUGGGGAAUGGACUUUGAUUGACACAAAAACGGAGACCUCUGGCUCUUUUUCUGAUAAUGAGCCAACUGUUACUUUGACGUUAACUAUUCAACGAAAGCCGUUAUAUUUUGCGUUCAAUAUUAUUCUACCUAUACUGGUUCUUGUUAUCCUAAACGGAAUGGUUUUCUGGUUGCCAGUCGAAUCCGGGGAACGUGUGGGAUUUUCGGUGACUUGUUUUUUGUCAUUUGUAGUUCUUUUGAACAUGAUCAUGGACAUUCUUCCAAGAUCCUCCUCGCCGAUCGCAUAUCUUUGUUUCUAUACCGUUUCGAUGAUGAUAUUUAGCGGACUCAAUACGGGAUUUGUCAUUCUUCAAAUGAAACUUUACCAUAAACCGGACACAGAGGAAGUUCCACGAUGCAUUGUCGUUUUUAUAAAGUUCCUGAAGUGCAAAUACAUUAGAGAUAAGAAGAUAUCUUGCUCUUGCUUAAAAGGAGGUGACAAAAUUCACUCUGAAAAUGACCUGAAAGUAAAAGAUAUUGACUCGGAUAGUGAAAUGGACUUCAAAGAUAAAACUGAGAGUGAAGCGGAAAUCACCUGGCAACAAGUUGCUAGCAUUUUGGAUAAAUUUUUCUUUCUUGCAUUCUUGGGUGUUCAAAUGUUUUUCAGUAUGUGUUUUCUUUUGCCCAUUGGGUCAAGGGCUUAAAGUUAAAAAAAACAACUCUUUAUUUAGAUAAAUACUUUAAAGUGAAUUGGUCUAUUAUUUGGUCUAUAAUGGGACGUCUGUAAUGCAAUGAAAAUUACAUAUCAACUUUAACAGCAAACUAGGAAAGAAUUAAAAAAAGUGUAACCAGAUGUUUUUGGCAAGUGAGAGUUACAUGAUCCCAUGUAACAUACAUUAUAUAUUGAUAUAGCAGAUAAUAAAGUGUUCUGGAACAAAAAAUUAUAAUUCAUUGUAGUUCAUACCUUAACUGUGUAAAAUUUGUAUGGGAUUAAUACCUAACUGUGUAAAACUUUAUCAAUUUUUACUUUGUAUACUGUGAUUAUUAAAAGUUUGUAAAUUCCUUCCCUUUUUUAACAAAAAUCAACAACAUCUUUUUCCUUAUUGUUGGUUACAUUUUUGUGUUUAAAAAGUAAAAAAAUCAAUAGGAAAUGAAGGAAUCAUGUUGCACUUUAUUUAAAUAAAAAUUGAAAAAAUGAAAAUGCUUUAUUUAUUUCAAACUGUCAACAAAAAAGUGAGCGAGGUCUCUGCAAUUUAAUCCAGAUACAUGCAUGUACUUCUUGCUUCACUAAGCAAGGUCGGGGCUAAUCAGUG